AUGACCCAGUUUAAUGACAACAUACAGGCCGCUAGUUACUUUGAUCUAGUUUUCCUUGGCUCUCAAUUCACUUGGAGAAGGGGACACACAUGGGAAAGACUGGAUAGAUUUCUUGCUAAUGAUCAAUGGUUUCAAUCCUAUUUGCACUCUUCUGUAACUCACCUUACAUUUGUUAGGUCUGAUCACAGACCUUUACUACUCUAUAUCAAAGCUUUUGAAAGUAAUUGCCUUAAGCCUUUCAGAUAUUUCAACAUGUGGUUCUGCCAUCCUGACUUCCUCCAAACUAUUUCUGCAAGUUGGAAGGAUAUUCUACACCCUGACCCUCUUAUCAAAUUAUGGCUAUUACAUAAAAAGGUUAGCAAAGCUCUCAGACACUGGAAUUGGGAUUCCUUUGGGGAUGUCUUCAAAAUUGUGGAGGAAGCUAAAUUGAAUCUAACUCAAUUAGAGAAUUCUAAUCUGGUGGAUGAAGCCACUCUCUUUGAAGCCAAUCAAAAGGUCCUCUCUAUUGCCUGCCUAGAAAAAUUCCUUAAACAAAAAACAACUAUUAGCAUAUUCAUUGAUGGAGACAGAAACACCAGAUACUAUCAGGCUUGUAUUAAAUAUAGGAGGAAAUGUAAUAUAAUUCAUAACAUUGUGAAUUCCCAGGGAUCUAGACUUCAUGAUGAUUCCCAAAUUGCUAAGGAUACUGUUGAGUAUUUUCAAGGCAUUCCGACUUCUGUCCCAUCUCUGAGAGCCCAGCUGGAUGCCUCAGAGUUUCAAGAGGAUUUGGGCUAUGUACACUCACUCAAUCUCACUAAUCUCCCCAAUGAAGAGGAAAUCUGGACUGCUCUUAAUUCCAUUGACCCUACUAAAACUGCAGAGCCUGAUGGUUUCUCUUCUGACUUCUAUAGGAAGAGUUAG